CAAAGAAGCAGUCGUGACUGAUGGUGGUGUUGGUGCGCCUUUCUUGCAGCAAGCUUUGCCAAUGGGUGGCACCAGCAUUUGAGUUUCAUUUAAGGCAAUCCCCCUUUCUUACAGCUAAGAGGCCUAAGAACUGCGUGCCUCAAAGCAUAAGAGUCUGCGCCGUUUUUCGAUCCCAAGUUUGGCGCCGUUUAUACUAAGUAUGUGAUCAAGAGUUGAAGAUGGUGUUCCCAGCAGUACAAUCUACCAACAUUUCUCGGUCCUCACAAGGGGGACACUCGAUCAGCCAACUCUGCGGUUCGUCUCAAGCGAAAGACAACAUGAACCUCGCUAAAGUCUCGCAGGUCCAGUCAGCCAGCAAAUGCCUCCACCAAGUGUUGCGUCUCGCCACUCUACAACGAGCCAACCUCAGAAGUCUCACGGUUCGGGCAUCGGUGGCAGCUCCAGAGAGGAGACAAGAGUCAGUAUCAAAGCAGUCUCCAGAAAGUCUGACCAUAACCCAGCCCGAUGACUGGCACCUCCACUUGAGAGACGGGCCCGCCAUGCAGUCGUGUGUGCAGCACUCUGCGGCGCAGUUUGGGCGGGCCAUCAUCAUGCCAAACCUGAAACCCCCGGUCGUCAGCACAGAGGACGCCAUCCAGUACCGCCAGCGCAUCCUGAGCGCGCUCCCAAAGGACACCCCUUUCCAGCCGCUGAUGACCCUCUACCUGACCGACAAAACGACUGCCGACGAGAUCCGGAAAGCAAAGGAGAGCGGGAUCGUGUACGCGGUUAAGCUGUACCCCGCGGGCGCUACGACGAACUCUGCGGCGGGGGUUACGAGCCUCGACAAAUGCAUGGCGGCGUUAGAGGCGAUGGUGGAACACGGUCUUCCGCUGCUGGUACAUGGCGAAGUAACCGAUCCUUCCGUCGACAUCUUCGACCGGGAGCGCCUCUUUUUGGACCGCGUCCUCGCCCCCCUGCUCGCCCGCCUACCCGACCUCCGUUGCGUCGUCGAGCACGCGACCACCAAGGAAGCCGUCGAAUUUGUUCGCUCCCAGGACGCAACUAGAGUGGGCGCGACCGUGACGCCGCAGCACUUGCUGCUGAACCGCAACGCGCUCUUCCAGGGGGGCGUUCGCCCGCACCACUUCUGCCUACCCAUCCUGAAGCGGGAAGAGCACCGGGAGGCCCUCCUCGGUGCGGUCACCUCGGGCAGCCCGCAAUUCUUCCUGGGCACCGACAGCGCGCCGCACGAGCGCGGCACCAAAGAGGCGCCCUGCGGUUGCGCGGGCUGCUUCUCCGCACACGCAGCGCUGGAGUUGUAUGCUACCGCCUUCGAGGAGGUCGGCGCUCUCGACAAGCUCGAGGGCUUUGCGUCCUUCUUCGGCCCGGACUUUUACCGCCUUCCCCGAAAUAGCAAAAAGGUCACACUUAGGAGGCAAACUUGGACAGUGCCGGAUGAGUAUCCGUUUGCCACUGGCACGGUGGUUCCGCUGUUUGCAGGCCGAGAACUUGGCUGGUCUCUGCAACAAAGUACUUGACCUUACGUGCUUCCGGCACGCGAGCAUCCUUGUAUUUGUGCGUCCGUGACUGGCCCUGAAAUACGUCUUAUGCAUGAG